AUGCCAUCAGAGCCUACAAAAGCAGACCAGACCAUUUUAACCCCCCAGAUCGCCUCCGACCGCCCAACAACCUCCCAGCAUGGACAGCACCUCGACAAUGGCUUGCAGGACUCUCUGCGCCCUUCCUCAGAUGGGUCGCAGAGAGAGCCUGAGCCAUCAGCGGGUGGCACUGGCAAUACGCGUGACGCGACGCGCACAUAUGUCGUUGCCGAUGACGCCCUGAACGCUGGCGGACUGAGGGUUGGCGGGCCAUCUACGCCGCCACCCAGAGACAGGAUCACUGAAUAUGAGAACGCAAUAGCCCAUUCGACGCGCAAGCCUUCUGAGGGCCCAUUGUUCGAGGUCACCAAGAGCAACAAGAAACCAGAUGAUAAGAGUUCCCCUAUCGCGAAUCUUCCUAAUGAGGUUCUGAUUCACGCCAUUGCGCAUCUCUCUCCCAACGAUCUCGCCGCUGUGUUCCUUGUGUCUCGCCGCUUCAAUGAGGUGGUUACCACCCCGCAUGCCUGGCAAGUUGCCUUCGGUCGCUACUUCCCGGGCCCUCAGUCGCUUGAGGACGCUGCCUUCCGCUCGGCUCAAGAGGAUAGUGGUGCAGUCGUGCGUUCGGAAAAGAGGAGGUUUGCUCGUCUUACAGCUUUGGCUUCGUGGCGUAGCGAGUACAUUCUGCGUACACGGCUCUUGCGUUCCUUGGCUCGUGGAAAGCCCGUUCAGCAAGCUCCAACGCCGUCCCGUACCGGCCAAGUCCAGGUUGCAACCUCCACUGUCACGUACGAUGCGAAAACAUACACCAUCAUCAACCACCUCCACGCUACUUUUGGCUCAGGGCUAAAUAAGCGUAUGCCACGUCUGAUCCAUGGAGCAGACGAUGUAGGAAUGGUGACGAGCAGCGAUCCAAUGGCCGAAAAAGUGGAUCCCUGGGGCCAGAGUGAUCCCAACUUCUACAGUCAAUUUUCCGAGCGAUUCCCCGGUACCGCUGAAUGGGGAUUAGGCUCAGGAGAGGUUGUCGGACGUCCCAAUGUCAUGGAUGUUUCGCAGCCACAUGGCUUCAUCUAUGGGCAGGGCUGUCCAGAGGGCUCUUGUUACUACCGCUCUCCAGAGGAAAUGCGCGGACGUUUUGUCGGCGAACCUUCUGACUUUACGCUGCCUGAAACAGGCAUCCCAAAACUAGGAGUUGAUGGCGGCGCUAUCUGUAGCGUUUGGAUCGCAAAAUCAAACACAAUCCCAACGCUAUCAGAAGGUUUAAUAGGCAUGAUGAUGGGCUCCGCUGCAGGUGUUGUCUCUGCCUGCAGUAUUGGGACCGACGGCCUUCGUUCAUCUCGCGUUCAACGAGGUGAGCUGACGGCGCGCUGGGUUCUCAGUCCUGGUGUGCCUAUCAUUGCCAUCGCAGUCGACGAGAAUUACUCGUCAAAACGCUAUACACAGAACCGGAUUUGGGCUGUAGCUUUGAACGCUCUGGGUGAACUAUACUACUUGACAAAGUUCCCCACGCGCAGUCAAGCCCCAAAGAGUUAUCUCGAUCAUUACACUGAGUACUUUGGCUGGCUUACUGGGCGCAGCGUCUAUUGGAACCUUGUUGAGCCUAGCCGGCGCACUGCCAGGCCUGAUCCCUAUAGUGAUGCUGAUGUUGACGGCAGCUAUUCGCCUCGUACGUCAUGGGAUGGCAUGUGUUUGAGCAAGGAGCAGCUUGUUGCCGAGACAAGGGAAAUAGAAGAAUUCCUGCGCAAGCCCCCUAAGUAUUUUCGAAAGAUCUGUCUGGGGUGGGACAUGCGCCGACGUCUUGAGGUCGACUUUGCAGGCGAUGAUGGGAAUUACGCCGGUGAAGCUAUUAUCGUGUUUGAGUGUGGACUCGAAGAGGGCAGCACUGCAGACGCAAGACGCUUCACUCGAUGGAAGUCGAGCGAAAAGACCAAGAGUACAGCUACCUCGACGAGGCUAUCUACCCCACAAAUUACUCCGGUCGCCUCGCUGUUCGGCGGCUCGGGUGCUGGUACUCCUGAUACGUCAAAGUUUCACGCACGUACACGCAGCUCCUCAUACAUGUCCACAUUGAGCUCACCAGAAAGAGGAAACAUGCAGGAAGAGUGGAGGUGCUCAAAGCUAACAUUAGGCGGUUUCAAGAAUACGCAGAUCACUACAACAACGCUGGACAUUUCAACAUUCGCAACUAUCACCUUAUCUGAAGACCCUGCCCUAGGUUUCUCGACUGCAUCAACAGCCUCUUCACCUUAUGCGUCACCAAUAUCUGUCUCAAGCCAGCCGGCUUCCCCAUCAGACGUUCCAGGCCAACGAGCUCGCUUCAUAGCAGCCGGUACGAUGACGGGAGUAGUCAUUCUUUGGGAUGUACGGGCAGCUGUAUCACGAUCGUCUGAGUACACCAAUAACAUUGCCCCUGCUCGUAUCAUCUAUACCGAAUCGCCGGAGAUAUCUUGCCUGGCCAUGACGGGACUGCAUCUAGUCGUUGGUGGGAAUGACGGCCUCGUUCAGGCCUGGGACCCGCUCGCGUCCAGCAUGUCGCCUAUACGUACCCUGAACUCUCGCCACGCCUCAAAGGCACGCAGGCGUUUGGUGCAAGCUCAGGCUUCGGUCCAGGGCAUCGGUAUCAACAUGUUUGCCGCUGGGGCCAUUUGCUUGGACCCUGAUCCAACCGUCUUGCGUGGCGCUGUCUCUUUGGGCAAUCAACUUCGGUAUUGGAGCUACAGCUCAACGGCUGCUGAUGCAUAUAAGGGCAGCAAGCGUCGCUUGAGGCGUUCUGAACGAGGCAGCAACAACGCUGUCGAACGCUUUGCUGGUACUGGUCGGGUCAAUUUGAACAGUUACAUUGCUGAUGAGCAGUUUGAGCUUGAGCGUGAAACGUUGGAACGUCAAAAACAGGCCGAACGCUUAGCCGGGCGCUUUGGUACGGAGUUGUUGAGUGAAGACGAAGCUCUAGCCUACGCUGCGAUGUUGUCUCAAGAGAGCAUGGAGGCAGAAGCACUGCGUCGCCGUGAAAGUGAAAGUAGCGCUGCCUUCAGUGGCGACACGGUGACACCCGAGGCCAGCAUGGUUGGCUCAUCUUCGUCGCCAGCUCUUAAGAACGAGGAUGAGCUAGAUGCUGAUAUUGCCGAGGCCAUUCGUCUAUCGCUCAGCACUAAUUCUGGGUCUGACAUGUAUGAGCCUUCCACAACGCCACCCUCAGCCUUUGAAAUUCCAAUCAAGUACACCAAAAGCAAGAAAUCAAACGCUUCACCCGGAUCUAAGAAUAGUCCAGCAAGAAAAGGCAAUGCUCUAGCGGGGUCGAGCAACCAGAGCGAGCUCUCAGAUUUAGAGUUUGUGAUGCAAUUGAGCCUUGCUGAGGAGCAAAGUCGGCAGGACGUGGAAGACGCAUUCCCUCCGUUGAGCCCUGUGCAGGGUAGUGGUAGUGGCAAAGGCAAGGGUAAGGAAAGAAUGUGGUGA